UUUAGGAGGAACAAUUGAAAGAUGUGAUUAAGAAGACAUAUUAGGGGAUAUCUGAGAUGACGAGAACGGCUCUGCACGGGAAGACAACUGAUUUGGAACAACAUGAGGGUGUCGUGAACUUGAGGUAAACUAUAACAGACCUCCGGUUGGAUCUGCGCGUGCGAAUGCAAGUUACAGUUCUGACUGCUGCCCCCUGCUGGCAGCCAUUGGAAUGCUCGUGAAGCUGCGUGGAAAGCGGUUCCAGUCAUAGGCGUCCUGAGAGGACUGACUGUUCCGUCUCUCUGUGCCAGGACGCCUGCUUCUGAAACCGGAGAGAUGGGCUUUCUGAACGGAGUAUCCAGACUUUGCAGACAUCCGGAUGAACCCAGGGCAUGAUGGGAUGGCAGCUCUGAGAAACACACGUAAAUGGGAAAGAGAAAUGCACGCUUCUCUGCCAUCUCAUAAUGAGCGGAAAUAUAGAGAGGAUGCUGGGUUUGUUGUGAGCUCUGAGAUGAGAAGAUACGUUCUGUGAGGAGGAGGAAGGGAGAGUCUGACAUCAUCACAUUAGGAUUCAAUCAUAAGAGACUGGAAAGAUGAGGACCGAGAAUAUAAACAUUGCUCCACAGAGUUCUGCAUUUGUUUGCCAGUCUGGUGAUCAUAAAGACGCACAGAAUACAAGUCGAGCAAUUCAAUUCAAGAGACCCCUGGGCCACAUUAAACAAGAGCAGAGCAAGUCAGCAGAUCUCCAGACGUCAUGCCACACCACAAAUAACCGACGAGUCGGCACGAUGUCUUUCAUGCAGAGCCACGCCGCGGUGAAGUUGUCUGGUUUAAUCAGGACCGGUUUGGCAGAGAAGGGCAUCUUUACUCAAACCCUGGACUUUUGUGUUUGUGUUUGGCUGUAAAUCAGGAAGUGAAUUAUCCUUGCCCAUUUCUCCCUUUUCAUACAGAGUUUAAUGCUUGCAUGCAAGUGGACCAGGAAAACUUAACACACAUUAAGUUGAAAAAUAGAAGUAAAUCGAACAAAACAAUAGACAAUAUAACAAAUACAAAUUUCUGUUAAACUUAUGGCCGGAUAUACUGUAUAGCCUAUUACAGAAACCUUUUUUUGUUUGCUUUCCUGUGGCUCAGUGGUUGGAGCAUGGCGCUAGCAACGCCAACAUAGUCAGAAACAAAUGUAUAGUACAAUGCAAUGUAAGUCGCUUUGGAUUGAUGCAUUUUUGCCAAAUGCAUAAAUGUAAAAUGGUAUCAAAUGAUAUUAUUUAGUUUUUAUAAGCAGUUCUGUACGCCCUGCCUUAAAAUGAUUAAAAUACAGCAUGCAAAAUUGAAAUAACUUUGCCAAAUUAUUCAUUCUGCCAUUAGCCACAGACUUGCUUUCCAUCAUGAUGGAAAUUGUCAGCUCGUGUUUCAUCUAAAUUCAGAGUUUUCCACACUCGUAAAUAUGACUUUGCUUGGCCGUUCAUUUGCUCUGAACUCGUGUUUACGAUAUUUCUGAUUCCACUUGAAGGCAGUUGCAUCCCACUGUUUUGGCGUUUUGUGACACUUUGUACUUUGAUGUUUUAGAAUUCACUCUGUGACCAUAUAUUAAAAUAUUACGAUUUUUUUUAAUUUAUAAAAUAGCACUUUGAAUUUGGAAUCCUAUUUGGACUAUAAAAAUGUACGCAUAUUUUUUACAUUUAGUGCUUCUACUAUACACCUUUCAAAAUAUUUGUAACAGUGUAGCUUAAUCCCACGUAUUUGGUCAUUUUCUGGUUUUUAUAUCACUUUCUUUUCCAUAUUUCUAUGCACACUCUUAAAAAUAAAGGUGCUUCAAAAAAAAAACCUUUAACAUCGUGAAACAGAAAGCUUCUUUGUGGCGAUAAAAGGUUGUUCAGAAAACGAAAAGGUAAGAAAGAGAUGGUCCUUUAAAGAACCUUUGGCUGAAUGGUUCUUCUACGGCAUCACUGUGAAGAACCUUUCAAGCACCUUUAUUUUUAAGCGUGCAGUUUUUUUAUUAUAUCCCUUCCGCUAACAUGUAUUUUCUGCUUUGCAACAAUGCAAAAUUGUGACAAGCACUGUAAAAAUAUACUUGAAUUGUGUUUCAGAUGUGACAGAUUUCAGAGACGGGAAAGAAGCAGGUCAAACAGAAUGUGCUCUUUAGAUAACUGAUUUACAUCUGGUGAAGAAUUGAUCCAUGCGUAUAGAAACAGUGUCGUUCAGCUUUGAGUCACUGACCUAUUUCCAUCGCCUGAUUGCUGUGUAUUGAUAUUGAUUCAGACCCGUCUGAUAUCUGGAUCAGAUCGCUGCAGAUACACUAGCAUCAUGUCCGAUGUUUGUUAAACAGCUGAAGGUUCGGUCGCGCCGCUUCCAGGAUGGACGUCAGGACUCGAUUCGAGUCGUCUGUCUCCUGAGCAAGAACACAAAUCAGGGGGAAGUUCCAUCUGAUUGGCCGGCUUUACUUGACUUGAGGAGGUGUUUAAAAGCCCAGAGGCUCGGCAGGCAGACGGCGUGUGGAAUACAUCACGAACGCUCUCUCUUCCAGCACGUGGAGACGGAGGCUGCCGAUCGACACCGCUGGACAUCUUCAGCUUCUCAGUGCAGUCGUUUCUGUCCCACCUGCAUGUGAUCGGCUGCGGGAGACUCGGUUUAAAGCAGACUCACCAGGACCAGGGACCAUAAGUGCCGAGCUCAACAGAGGACAACCAUGGCUUCACGUCUGACAUUCAGAUGUUUGGUCGUGGCCACCCUGUUGUCUCUAAAUUAUGCCGGCCUUGUAAAAAAGGUGAUCCGGCAACGACAGGACGCUCUGACCAUUCCGGGCACGCACAACGUGACCCUCCCGAAUGCCCAGCCUGUGGUUUUCAACCACGUUUACAACAUCAAGGUCCCCAGUGCCUCUCUGUGUUCGGUGGACUUGGACUCACUAGGCGGUUCGGAUCUUGAGCAAAGGGAUGACCCGUCUAGCUCAGAGGUGAGGGAGCACACGACAGAUGGGCAAAAUCAGAUCGUCUUUACCCAUCGCAUCAACAUCCCCAAGCAGGCCUGUGGGUGUAAGGAGGGACUGCCUGACCUGAAGGAUCUUCUGAAUCGACUGGAGAUGCUGGAGGGUGAAGUGUCCACGCUGAGGGAUCAAUGCAGCGCAGAAACCACAUGCUGCAGCGCACAGGUCACAGGUGCGAUCGGUACGAAGCCGUACUGCAACGGUCAUGGAAACUACAGCACUGAGAUCUGUGCUUGCAUCUGUCAGCCAGGCUGGAAGGGUCCCAAAUGUACGAUUCCCGACUGUCCCGGAGACUGUGGCGACCGGGGCCGUUGUGUUAACGGAAGGUGCGAGUGCUUCGAUGGCUUCUUCGGUGUGGACUGCAGCUGUCCCGUUGACUGCGGGGAGAAUGGACAGUGCGUUAACGGGUUCUGCGUUUGCGUUGAGGGUUUCUCAGGUGAGGACUGCUUGGAGUCAGCCUGUCCUGACAACUGCCGGGGUCGGGGCCGUUGCAUGGAUGGCGAGUGCGUGUGCGACGAGCCCUGGACUGGCUUCGAUUGCUCUGAACUCAUCUGCCCGAAUGACUGUUACGACCGUGGGCGCUGCGACAACGGAACCUGUUACUGCGAUGCAGGCUUCUCUGGAGAGGACUGCGGGGCACGCAUUUGUCCCAGCGACUGCUCCGGACGAGGUUUCUGCAUCGAUGGGCGGUGCGUAUGUGAUGCGGGAUACACGGCCGAGGACUGCUCCGUCUUGACCUGUCCAAAUGACUGCAAUGGCAGGGGACGUUGCGUCAAUGGGAUGUGUAUUUGCGAUGUGGGUUACCGCGGCGAGGACUGCGGUAAGCUAUUGUGCCCGAGCAACUGCAACGGGAGGGGUCACUGCAUCGACGGACGCUGCGAAUGCGACGUCGGCUUCCAGGGUCCCGACUGCUCGGAGUUCAGCUGCCCUAAUGACUGCAACGACCGGGGUCGCUGCGUGAAUGGUCAGUGCGUGUGCGAGGAGGGAUUUGCUGGUGAGGAUUGCAGCAUCAAAACCUGCCCGUCGGACUGUUAUGGCCAAGGUCGGUGUGUGGACGGGAAGUGCGUCUGCUUUCCAGACUUUGCUGGAGAAGACUGCAGUCAAGCUAGCUGCCCGAGCAACUGCCUGAACCGUGGGCGCUGCGUCACUGGGCAGUGCGUCUGCGAUGAAGGUUUCGUCGGAGAAGACUGCAGUCAGACGAAAUGCCCCAACGACUGCCUCGGCCGUGGAAAGUGUGUGGAGGGCCGCUGUGUGUGUCCUGAUGGUUUUGAGGGGCACGACUGCUCGGUUUUAACCUGCCCUGGAAACUGUAAUAAUCACGGACGAUGCGUCCAUGGCAAAUGCGUGUGCGAUGAAGCUUUUGUUGGAGACGCCUGCGGAGAAAGAGGCUGUCCUAACAACUGUGGGGACGCGGGGCUCUGUGUGGACGGCCGCUGCAUCUGUGAUGAAGGCUACGUUGGAGAGGAUUGCUCUGAAGUCUCACCACCGAAAGACUUGAUCGUUGAAGAUGUCUCUCCGGAUAAGAUGAACCUCGGGUGGAAGAACGAGAUGCUGGUGACGGAUUAUUUGAUCACUUACACCCCGACGUCACCGGGUGGCCUGCAGAUGGACUUGCGUGUACCUGGAGAUCACACAUCAGCCACAGUGGCCGAGCUGGAACCUGGUAUUGAGUAUCUGAUCAAUGUUUAUGCUGUUCUCAAUAACAAGAAGAGCGUUCCAGUCAGCGUCCGAGUGGCCACACGUCUCCCGCAACCGGAAGGCCUGAAGUUUAAAUCCGUCCAGGAAACGUCUGUACUGGUUUCAUGGGACCCGCUGAAGUUUCCAUUUGAUGGCUGGGAGCUUAUUUUUCGCAACACGAAAGAGGAAAAUGGGAAGAUUGUGAACACUCUUAAACCUUCACAGACCAGCUUUGAGCAGACAGGUCUGGGCCCAGGACAGGAGUAUGAGGUGUCAUUGGGCAUCAUAAAGAACAACAACACAGGACCUCAGACCAGCGCCUACGUAGUCACGAGAAUCUAUUCUCCCGGGCAAGUCGAUGUUGGAGAUGUAACGGAUCGUUCAGCAGUGAUUUCCUGGUCCAGGCCGGUAGCAGAGGUGGAUGGAUUCAGGGUGUCAUACGGGCCGAGCACAGACCCGUCAGCACGCCGUGACAUCGGCCUGCCUGCCACGAGCACACAAUACAGUCUGGAAGACCUGAACCCGGACACGGAGUACACCGUUUCUCUCACUUCCACAAGGGCCGAGGAGACCAGCGAACCCGUCUCUACAAGCUUCAUCACAGGUCUGGACGCUCCCAGAGAUCUCCAGGCUAUAGCUCAGACGGACAACAGCAUCACAGUCGAAUGGAAGAACAGCCGAUCGUCUGUCGAUGGCUACCGGAUCAAGUUCGGCCCCAUCGCAGGAGGUUCUCACGGCGAGGAAAUGAUCCCCAGAGGAGCCGGAGACACAACGCGGAUGACAAUUACGGGUCUGAAGCCCGGCAUCGAGUACGGCAUUGGAGUCACAGCUGUGAAGAAUGAAAUGGAGAGCGAACCAGCGACCGCUAAUGCACUGACCGAUCUCGAUGCUCCUCGGGAUCUGGAGGUGCGAGACUCCACUGAAACCACCCUGGAGCUGGCCUGGAAGAAACCCAGGGCCAAGAUCUCCUCUUACAGGUUAGCGUUUGCGUCUCCCGACGGCCGUCAUGAGGAGAUCGAGCUGCCCGCGGCGGCCAACACUUACACCCUGAACAGUUUGACCCCCGGCGUGCGUUACACUAUUACACUGGUGGCAGAACGGGGCAGGAGGAGAAGUGCCCCGGCAACAGUGUCCGCAUCCACAGACGAGGAUCCGCCUGACACUUUAAUUGUGUCUAACGUGACUGUAUCCGAUGUAUCUUGGGAUAGCUUCAAUGUGUCCUGGACCAUUGAUGAGGGCCUUGACUUUCAGAGUUUUGUGAUUGAAGUGGCAAAUUCAGCAGGUGGCCCAGAAAGACAGAACCUGUCAGUAUCUGGUGAUGCUCUUAGUUUGUGGAUGUCUGGGCUCAGCCCCAACACGUCCUACGUUAUUGCGUUAUACGGCAUGCACGAGGGCUCAAUUCUGGGUCCGCUCUACGUGGAAGCGUCCACAGAGGCCGAACCCGAGAUCGAUCACCUGUUCGUGUCAGACGUCACCCCUGAGAGCUUCCGACUGGCAUGGACCGCAGAAGACGAUGUCUUUGAUCGAUUUGUGCUCAAAGUUAGAGACGCGAGGAAGCUCUCCCACCCGCGAGAGUUCAUUGUGCCCGGUGAUGAAAGAAACAGAGUUUUAACAGAACUUUUUGGGGGGACCGAAUAUGAAAUUGAGCUUUACGGUGUCUCGAUGGAACAUCGCUCCCAACCGGUUACUGCUGUGGCAAGAACAGGGCUCGGAUCUCUGCGAGACCUACACUUCUCCGACGUUAAGGACACAUCAGCCGUGGUUUACUGGACCGUACCACGCACCCAACCGGAUUCCUACAGAAUCACUUUCAUCCCAAUCCAAGGAGGUACUCCAGUCGUACAGACAGUGGAUGGGACACAGUCUCAGGUUCCACUGAUAAAUCUGACUCCUGGAGAGACGUAUCAGGUGUCUGUAAUUGCAGUCAAAGGUCUGGAGGAGAGCGAACCGGUUACAGACACUCUUACGACAGUGUUUAACUGUGUUUUGUGUGUAGUGCCAGCGAUAUCACAGCAGGUCUCUGGCAACACUGCAGACUUUCAGCUGAGCUCUCUCACACCUGGGACUCCAUACACAGUCGGUGUUUAUGCCAUAAUAAACGAACAGAAAAGUUUACCGGCAACCACAGAGUUCACAACAGAUGUGGACGCUCCUCGUGACCUGGUGGUCAGUAACAUUCAGACUGAUGGUGCCGUGCUGAGCUGGAAACCCCCGCGGGCACCCAUCACGGGUUAUAUUCUCACCUAUCAGUCAUCUGACGGGGGAAUCAGGGAGGUGAAUCUGGAGCCGUCGUCCACGUCACAUGCCCUGUCUGAUCUCAGUGCUUCGACUGAACACACUAUCAGACUUCAGGCCAUCACAGACGACAAACAGAGCAAGAAAAUCUCUACCGUCUUUACAACAGUUGAAACGCUCUUCGGGAACCCCGCGGACUGCUCACAGACUCUGCUGGGCGGCGAGACGUCCUCUGGUCCGUACACCAUUUAUAUAAACGGAGACAAGAAACAACCGGUGCCAACGUACUGUGACAUGACGACUGAUGGAGGAGGCUGGAUGGUGUUUCUGAGGCGUCAACACGGCAAGGUUGAUUUCAACAGGAACUGGAGGAAUUACUCUGCAGGAUUUGGGGAUAUAAACGAUGAGUUCUGGUUAGGCCUUUCAAAUCUUCACAAAAUCACAGCGAGCGAACAGUAUGAGCUGCGUGUGGACCUGAGGGACGGACAAGAGACGGCGUUUGCUCAGUACGACAAAUUCUACGUUGGGGAUCCUCGUACCCGCUACAAGAUCCAGACCGGUGCAUACACUGGUACCGCAGGGGACUCUUUGAGCUACCAUCAGAACAGACCCUUCUCCACAUACGACAAUGACAAUGACAUCGCCGUCACCAACUGUGCGCUCUCUUACAAAGGAGCGUUCUGGUAUAAAAACUGCCAUCGUGUGAAUCUGAUGGGAAGAUAUGGAGACAACAGCCACAGCAGAGGCAUCAAUUGGUUUCACUGGAAAGGUCACGAGCAUUCGAUUCCCUUCGCUGAGAUGAAGAUCCGGCCUGUUCGUUUCAGAAAUUUGGAAGGCAGACGGAAAAGAUCAUAGACUUAAUUUUCCCUU